UGUUAUUGUUAUUCAACCUAAUUCUUGUUCUCUUUAUUCCUUAAAAAUAUGAUGAUAAAAAUCAAGGGGUUUUAAGACAGAAGAAACGGUAAAAGAAACGAAGUGGAUAUGAAACCGCGUGAAGAAGAAGAUGACUUUAGUCAACAAAUAUCAACUUAUAUUUUAUUUUCCUCUUUUUCAGUAAUCUGACUUCACCAAGAUCUCUACUCUGUUCUUUCCUCUUCUUCUUCUUCCUCUCUCUAAGCUUAAUUUUCCUCUAUUCCUCCAAAAUCAAAAUCUGCUACAAUCGAAACUAAUAAAAGCUCAACUUCUGCUUCUGUCACUUUUUAUUCCCGGCGACUCCAAGCUUAAUCGUCGCCGGCGAUUUUUUGUUCUCAAGCAUUUAUUAUCCUAAUGUUUUCCAAGUACAGUUUCAUUCUUUGUCUUAUUUUCUUCUUCGUCACAGCAUUUUCCGGCGACUCCAGAGCUCUUGCUGGAAACAAUGAGCAGAAGAAGAACAUCUCUGGCUUUUCUGGGAUUGACUUUCCUAAUCCGAUGCGUUUCGGUUCUGUUUCUUCUUCCUCAAGCAACGAUUGCGGCUUCUCUUCCUCUGAGAACGAACCAACCAUGGAACGGACCGGAGAAAACAAGACGGUGAAGUUUCACUUAAAGCGCCGGGAGUCUACGACUACGAAGCACAAAACAGAGAAGACAACAACAAAUUCAGUUCUUGAGCUUCAAAUCCGAGAUCUCACGAGAAUUCAGACGCUUCACAAAAGGGUUUUGGCGAAGAAGAACCAAAACACUGUUUCGCAGAAGCAGAAGAAGAAGAAUAAAGAAGUCGUUACCACUCCGGUGGCUUCUUCCGUGGAGGAGCAGGCUGGUCAAUUGGUGGCAACGCUUGAGUCUGGUAUGACUCUCGGUUCUGGCGAGUACUUCAUGGACGUGUUGGUUGGUUCGCCACCAAAACACUUCUCCUUGAUUCUUGAUACAGGGAGUGACCUAAACUGGAUUCAAUGCUUGCCUUGCCACGACUGUUUCCAGCAAAACGGUGCGUUUUAUGAUCCUAAAGCCUCUGCUUCUUACAAGAACAUAACUUGCAAUGACCCAAGAUGCAACCUGGUCUCACCACCUGACCCUCCAAAGCCCUGCAAAUCAGAUAACCAAUCAUGCCCUUACUACUAUUGGUAUGGGGAUAGCUCCAACACUACCGGAGAUUUUGCAGUCGAGACUUUCACGGUUAAUCUCACUACAAGUGGAGGGAGCUCGGAGUUGUAUAAUGUCGAAAACAUGAUGUUCGGUUGUGGUCAUUGGAACCGAGGUCUCUUCCAUGGUGCUGCAGGCUUGCUUGGGUUAGGAAGAGGCCCGCUUUCGUUUUCCUCUCAGCUUCAGUCUCUUUAUGGUCAUUCCUUCUCAUAUUGCCUUGUUGAUAGAAAUAGCGAUACCAAUGUUAGUAGCAAAUUGAUUUUUGGGGAAGACAAGGAUUUGUUGAGCCAUCCGAAUCUGAACUUCACUUCUUUCGUAGCCAGGAAAGAAAACCUCGUCGACACAUUUUACUACGUACAGAUCAAAUCCAUUAUAGUCGCGGGAGAAGUUCUAAACAUACCUGAAGAAACAUGGAAUAUCUCAUCAGAUGGCGCUGGAGGGACAAUCAUUGAUUCAGGUACAACCUUAAGUUAUUUCGCGGAACCUGCAUAUGAAUUCAUCAAGAACAAGAUAGCAGAGAAAGCGAAAGGGAAGUACCCGGUUUAUAGAGAUUUCCCAAUCCUAGAUCCUUGUUUCAACGUCUCUGGCAUCGAUAGCAUUCAGCUGCCAGAGCUUGGGAUUGCUUUUGCAGAUGGCGCGGUUUGGAACUUCCCGACCGAGAAUUCUUUCAUAUGGUUGAAUGAGGAUUUGGUUUGCUUGGCAAUUCUUGGAACUCCCAAAUCAGCCUUUUCAAUCAUUGGAAAUUACCAGCAGCAGAAUUUUCAUAUACUAUAUGAUACAAAGAGGUCCAGGCUCGGGUAUGCACCUACAAAGUGUGCAGAUAUAUAACCUUUCUUGUCAAUUAUACAUAUUUUAAGUCCAUCAAAGCAACUGUACACACAAUAAGAACAGAUUCAUUUUUUUUUCCCUUUAGAUUUUUUCAUUCUUUAGGAUAUUCCUUUAAACAUGUAUUGAACUAAGAUCAUACCAAACUAAUGUACUUAUUCAAACUUCAUUUCUAAAUACAAAGUUGAGUUAAUUUUGCUUGC